UAAAAGUUCAAAAUCUAUUUUUUUAAAGUAGCUAAAUUUGUCGUUAGGUGCUGUUUGAGAAAAAAUAAGUUGCCAAAUCUAACAAACAUAAUUGCUAAAUUGGCAUCACUGAUUCGCCAGUAUCCUCAGGAUGACGACCGGGACGAACGGAUUUUGGUUCCUUUCACGUCACGAAUGACACGUGUAUUCAAGAUGGCGGCCGCGGCGAUGGCGACGUGGUUGGCCCUUCUGCUGUUGUCCUUGUUGCCUGGAGGAGUCCAGGCCUUUUACGUGCCUGGAGUUGCUCCUAUGAACUUCCACCAGAACAGUGCUGUAGACAUUAAGGCCGUGAAGCUGACCAGCUCCCGGACUCAGCUUCCCUAUGAAUACUACUCCUUGCCCUUCUGUCAGCCUGAUAAAGUGGUCUACAAAGCAGAGAACCUGGGGGAGGUGUUACGCGGGGACCGCAUUGUCAACACCCUGUACUCGGUACUCAUGACCCAGGACAGGAAGUGUGAGGUGGUUUGUGCCAAGCUGAAACUCAACGUGCAGCAGAGUAAGCUGGUGGCUGAGCGAAUUCAGGAGGAGUACUAUGUUCACCUCAUUGCAGACAACCUCCCAGUGGCUACGCGGCUGGAGUUCAACCCCAACAUAGAGGCAGGGGCUGAGGACAAGGAGGUGGUGAAGGAUGUUCAGUUUGAACACGGCUACAGGUUGGGCUUCACUGACAACAACAAGUUCUACCUCCACAACCACCUGUCCUUCAUCAUCUACUACCACAAAGAGAAGCUGGAGGAGGGGGAAGAGCACAACUACAGAGUUGUUCGUUUUGAGGUGGUUCCCCAGAGUGUCAAGGUGGAGGACCUAAAGGUGGCUGAUAAGGGGUCGUGUACCCUGCCCGAGGCCACUAACUCAGCUCCUCAGGAGAUUGACCCCUCCAAGGACAAUGAGGUUCUCUUCACCUACUCUGUCCGCUGGGAGGAGAGCCAGGUGAAGUGGGCAUCUCGCUGGGACACCUACCUGACCAUGAGUGACGUGCAGAUCCACUGGUUCUCCAUCGUCAACUCAGUGGUGGUGGUCUUCUUCCUCUCUGGGAUCCUCAGUAUGAUCAUCAUCAGGACCCUGAGGAAGGACAUCGCCAACUACAACAGAGAGGAUGACAUAGAGGACACCAUGGAGGAGUCGGGCUGGAAGAAUGUCCAUGGCGACGUGUUCAGACCUCCACAGUAUCCCAUGAUCCUCAGCUCUCUGCUGGGCUCAGGCAUACAGCUCUUCUGCAUGAUCCUCAUCGUUAUCUUCGUGGCCAUGUUGGGGAUGCUGUCGCCUUCCAGUAGAGGGGCCCUGAUGACCACUUCCUGCUUCCUGUUUAUGUUCAUGGGUGUGUUCGGUGGAUACUUUGCCGGCAGACUCUACCGCACGCUGAAAGGCCAUCGGUGGAAGAAGGGAGCGUUCUGUACGGCCACUCUGUACCCAGCCGUGGUCUUCUGCAUCUGCUUCGUUCUCAACUGUUUCAUCUGGGGAGAGCACUCGUCUGGAGCAGUCCCCUUCACCACCAUGCUGGCUCUACUCUGCAUGUGGUUCGGUAUCUCCAUGCCGCUGGUCUACUUUGGCUACUACUUUGGCUUCCGGAAGCAGCCGUACGAUAACCCCGUCCGCACCAAUCAGAUCCCUCGCCAGGUGCCUGAGCAGCGCUGGUACAUGAACAAGUUUGUGGGCAUCCUGAUGGCUGGGAUUCUACCGUUUGGUGCCAUGUUCAUUGAGCUCUUCUUCAUCUUCAGUGCCAUCUGGGAGAACCAGUUCUACUACCUGUUUGGUUUCCUCUUCCUGGUGUUCAUCAUCCUGGUGGUGUCCUGCUCCCAGAUUAGUAUCGUCAUGGUCUACUUCCAGCUCUGUGCAGAGGACUACCGGUGGUGGUGGAGGACCUUCCUGGUAUCAGGGGGCUCAGCCUUCUACGUCCUUGUUUAUUCUGUUUUCUACUUUGUCAACAAGCUGGACAUCGUGGAGUUUAUUCCUUCGCUGUUGUACUUUGGCUACACGGCUCUCAUGGUCCUGUCCUUCUGGCUCCUUACAGGGACCAUCGGUUUUUACGCAGCGUACAUGUUCAUACGGAAGAUCUACGCUGCCGUCAAAAUCGACUGAGUUUGUUUCCGCUGUUUGUUUUGUUUUUUUUGUCACAUUAUUUUUCAUUUUUUACAUUUUUAUUCUUUAUGUCCAGCAAUCACUGGCUUGUGUGUGUGGACACAUGGACGUGUGAGGUGGUGUUUGUGGAACAGAGACCCCCCCCCUCAAUAGGCAUGGAGAGACGACAGUAAGAUGGCGCGCAGAAUGCAAACUCAACGAUCUUCCUCCCUGUUAUUGGAUGUCCAGAGACACAGAGAUUUCCUAUUGGACAGUCAAUGUUUUCUACUGUGUUUCACCUUGUACACACAACAUGGGCCAAAGCAUGUCAGAUGAAACGGUCUCUGUUCAACGUACAGUCUGCUUUUGGAGCAAGCCUGGGUUCCACAGGACGACUCCAGUGCAUUUGGUUCAGAAUUGACCUUUAUUGUUUUAAAAAUCAGUAAGAUAUUUUAGUCGUAACUUCUUUCACACACACACUCUCUCUCUGUAAAGUUAGUUUAUUUAUCUUUAUUCCAGAUACGUUUAUGAUCAGAGGUCAUUGAGAGGUCACUCGUGUAACGUGGCUAAUGAGUAUUAUUUUUGUCUGAAAAUAUGCUGGGAAAUGGACAUCUAACGUUGGAACAGGCAUGGAUAUUAAAAUAUUCUGUUUUUUGUUUUUUUACUUCAAUGUGACCAUUUUCUAAAAUCUAAAAUCAUUCUAAAUUUGACUCCCUGAAAACGAUUGUCUCUCACAUUAAGGUAACAAGAUUGUCUAAAAUGUAUCUUUUUAAAGCGACCGGAUUUCGAUGUGGAGAAGCAUACAUUUAAUUUUCUCUUUUAAAUACUACUUGCAGGGAAGCCACUUUGGCUUAAGACUGUUGAAAUAUGAAAUGUUAUGGAACGAAAGUACAUUUUGAUGAAAAGUAGUAUUCCUUCAAAUCACCUAUAUAAUUUCUGGUCUUUAACCUAAAAGGGUUGGACACAUUGCGUUACUAGGUGAUGUGAGCAGCUCCAUGGGCCCACUGAACUAUGCAUUUUUCUGUAAGUAGGACUGUUCUUUGGUUUCAAAAGGUCAUGUUACAUGCUUUAAGUUGUCAGUGAGACACUGCUAUUCUAACUGUCGUUGUCGGUUGUCCCUGAGCAUCAAUGUCUUCUCGGAUUACCUUAAACAUGAUUCUGUCAUUGAGCGUCUAAGUGGAGUACAGUUAUUCCCCAUAAACCACGAGCCAAGUCGCUGCCGUGUAAGAUUGACAAUGUGGUUUAGAUUGUCGGUAGGUUCGAGAAGGUACUACAUGUCAACCUAUUGUAUUAAUGGGCAGAUCCUUCACUGGGUUUUACUCUCUGUUACCCGGCUAGAAUUCCCCACCAGUGGUUCUCGUCGUCUUGUAGAUGGAGUUCCUCUUGAUUGUGGAGUCUGAAAUGCAGAAGAUCCUGUAAACUAGUAACACUGGACCUACACAACUGAAUGAAAGUGGGGUGAAUGAGAUUCAGAAUAUUCCAGACCUUUUCGAUCAUGGGUAUAUGUUUACUACCAGUUACUUUAUUCUAUGGGCCAGUUCCUCAGACCCAGAUUAAGCCCGGUCCUGGAUUAAACAUCAUUCCCAUUGAAAGGUCAUUUUGAGUCCAGGAAUAGGUUUAAUUUAGGUCCAGGAAUAGGUUUAAUUUAGGUCCAGGAAUAGGUUUAAUUUAGGUCCAGGAAUAGGUUUAAUUUAGGUCCAGGAAUAGGUUUAAUUUAGGUCCAGGAAUAGGUUUAAUUUAGGACCAGGAAUAGGUUUAAUUUAGGACCAGGAAUAGGUUUAAUUUAGGUCCAGGAAUAGGUUUAAUUUAGGUCCAGGAAUAGGUUUAAUUUAGGUCCAGGAAACUGGGUCUUUUAUGUUUGAGAGCUGAGCUUUCGGGAAUGCAACCUUUUAGGUCAAUGUUAUUAUCCUGCUAGUUUUUCCUUGAUGAAGAGCAUCGCAACCAACCAUAGGACAGUCUGGUGGAGGUCUUGCCCAGCAGAUGGUGUUGGGAUAGAGCUGCACUGGAAGAGAGAGGGAUCGAACAGGUGCAGAGGGGGAAUUACUCCAUUCACCAUGUAGUGUAUCACUGAAUGAAUCAUACUUCUACACUCUCACUUAGUCUCUCGCAUUCUCUGCCCUCUCACACAUUCACCUCCACAGUCAGUAUUGCAUCGGUCUUUUUCUUCCCUCUGUAAAGCUUUGUUCACACUGCAGGCCUUAAUGCUCAAAUCAUUAUUUUUUUUUUCAACAACAACUUGCAGUUAAGUUGUCCUAACAGCAAGUUACAAAUGACCAAAUUAGAUGUGUGUUCAGACAGCAGUCAUUUGCUGACACGGCUACGCUAGUUGUCAUAGUAACGACAGGGGUCUUUGGUGUCGUCUGAUUGGUGGUGGUGCUCCUGCUUCCCAUCACUCAGAAGUUAUGUAACAACCUAAGGUGAUGACCACAAUGUGUCGUCAUGGAAGUUUCCCAGUUGCUUUGAAUGUUGAAAAUCAUAGUGUAUAAACACUUUUAAAGCCUCAAAGGACAAAGAUGAUCCAACUUUCAAAACAAAUCAUUUUUGGUUAUCCACAGAAGUUAACUAGCUAGCUAGGUAGCUGUUUAGCUUUUUAGAACAUUCACUAAUUUGUUUUGUAAACAACCUAGUUAGUUACCACAUGUUCUUGUCAAACUGUCAACAGAGUAGCUAGCAAGCAUCAAGAUAUGCCAAAUAACAGUCUUAAAAACCAAUUGAGGGCACAUGAAAAAGCCAUGGCUGGGAAGAUGGCUUGAAAUAUCAGAUUCCACGUACUUUUUGGCCGUUUAGACUGCAGGAAAAAGAACAGGUUUGAAUUGAAUAUGCAAAUAAAUUGUAUUUGAGUCACUUCAAACUGCCAGUGUGAACCAGGCUUUAAUGUCAACAGUGUUCCUGAGCUGCCAGCUCUCACGGCUCUCUGAUUCAGAGACGGACAGACUUCCUCACCUGGGCCCAACAAACAGAUUUCUGGAGAGAUUUCCUGCAGAUGUACAUUUGACUGACAGGAGCCGUUGUAUGUAUGUAUGUAUGUAUGUAUGCGUGUGAAUGAGUGUUGACUGUGUGAAUACAACACGUUGUAUUGCUGAGGUUUGCUGUAGUGGGGACUCUUGACUACAUAAAUAUCAUGUCGUUGUUUUAGCCAAAAGCAUUACUUUUAAGAACCUGUUUCUUGUCCCCUUUUCUUUACAGAAUGCCCAGUGAUAUAAUUUAUGAAACUAAUAAACUGAUGUGAUGUUGGAA